AUGUCGAAUAAGCCAAGUAAAGAUGGCGAAGUUCUGCCAAUUGUACACAACUUACUUAAAAACUCAUCAUCCCACGGACUACCAAAUAUAUAUUCUUCGAGAAAUGUUGUUGCCAAGCUUUUCUGGGGUAUGGUAUUCUGUGCUGGGCUUUGCCUUAUGUUUUGGCAAGUCUACACGUUGUUCGAAGCCUAUUUUGCGUACGAAUACAUAGUUGGCCUUGAAGUUAGAUAUAACAAAACUCUGCCGUUUCCCGCGGUAACGAUCUGUAAUUUAAAUCCUGUACUGAAAAGUAAACUAGAAGAAGCAGACGAGAGCUUCAGAGAUAAAUUUGACUCAAAUUAUGUACCACCGAAGGAUAAAGACACUCAAGAUGAUAAAAACAACAUGGUUACCAGCAGCAGCCUAACUUCGGCUACGAAUGAUGACGGUGGAUCAAGUCAGGGAACCAGAAUGGAUGGAGAAACAACGACACAAGCAGUUAAUACAACAGAACCUGUAAAGUCAUGGGAUGAACUUGAAAAUACCGAGUACUUUACUGGGCAAUCAGCUGAAUAUAAACAAAGACAAAAGCUGACGAUUGCGCUCUCAGACAUGACGUUAGAUGAAAGGCAUCGUAUUGGUCAUAGUUUGCAAGACAUGCUCCUCGAUUGCACGUGGAAGGGCUAUCCAUGCUCACCGACAAAUUUCACUAGAUUUUACCACUACCGAUAUGGGAAUUGCUACACUUUCAAUAAUGGACAGCUAUCAUCAAUACUUACUACCAACAAACCGGGUCCAAAUUACGGACUAAGUCUUGAAUUAUUCGUCGAUCAGUCAGAAUACAUGGACGAUAUCACUGAUUCAGCCGGGCUACGGAUCUCGAUCCAUGAUCCCAAUAAAAUGCCCUUUCCCGAAGACGAUGGUUUGUAUAUUGGUCCUGGUCAGCGGACAUCCAUAUCCACUCGCGUGAUGGAAAUUGAUCGAUUAGGCAAACCUUGGGGAGAUUGUACAGAUGUUAACAAUUACAAUACUACAAAUAUUUAUAUCAAUAUGUAUAACGUCAGUUACAGUAUGCAGGCAUGCGAAAGAAGUUGCUAUCAGUAUUCGGUAAUUGAGCAAUGCAGCUGCGCAGACACAAACUUCCCAUUUCCAGUUGAACUACUUAACUUAGUACCAUGUGAUACAGAAGACAAUGAAACGGCUCGAAUUUGUAUCGAAAAUAUGGAGGCAAAGUACGAUAAUGAUGAGCUCAUGUGUAGCUGCAAUCAAACAUGCGAAGAGGAAAUAUACCUCACUUCAAUAAGUCAAUCGGAAUGGCCCUCCCAGGGCUACCAGAACACGUUAUUUAAGAGAAUGGAAGAGAGAAAUUCCAAAAUGCGAUCUAACGUUAAAGGACCUGAAGCAGAUGACUGGACUAAGAGAAAUGUGGCAAAAUUAGAUGUAUAUUUUAUGGAAUUGAACUACCAAUACAUCAAACAGAGUCCGGCAUAUGAGGUAAAGGAUCUCCUGAGUGACAUUGGAGGUCAGCUUGGACUUUGGAUUGGCGUAUCAGUUGUCACACUUAUGGAGAUGAUGCAGCUCGUGGGGGCGGUGUUUGGGGCAUUAUUUGCCAAACUGCAUGGACCCCAUUCAGAUCCAAAGAUAUUUCCAUCAACAUAGUGUUAGUUACGAUAAUCAUGAAAUCGUACUUGAUUGGAGAGGUUCCUUUAUCUAUACGUUUUUUAUUUGUUUGUAAAUUGUCAAAAAAGUGAAGUGAUUGAUAGGGCAAAAAAAAAAAAAAAAAAAAAGAUGCAGUGCGCGACGGGUAAUUUUCGCGUGAGAUGGUGAAUACGCUUAUUUUUCCACGUUUCUAUAAAUUCUACAAUAGACCCUACCAUUAUAUAGCACACAACUGAUACUCGGUGAGCUUAAGUUCGAAAGAUUUCUUGUCAACGAUCGGCGUGUGGCUCACAUGCGCUGCUAUAUGCCUACAAGCUAUACGGUAGUAUUCGAGUCCUGCAAAAUAGCUUUCGUGAAAUAUAAACAAUAAAGCAGAUAAUAAUUAUUGAUUUUAUUUUAAACUUUGAAAGCCUAGAACAAUUAACUUUCAAAUUAUUUGUGAAUAAUAAUGAUACUGAUUUUAGAUGUAAAAAUGUUUUUGUACAGUUUUGAAUUAUUAGGGUAAAGUUUUUUUAAUUCAAAUUUUUGUUAAUUUUACAGUUUAUGAAUAUAUUGUUAACUCACAGGAUUAUGUAAAGUUUGCCUAUUUGUGAAGCGCUUUGAUCACGAUGGAAAGCGCUAUAAAAAUAAUAUUAUAUUAUCGUAUUGUAUUCUAUUAUAGUAUGGUUGUAUUUGAGGCAUAGAAUCUGCAUAAUUAAUUAUACAUUAGCUAGGCUGAACGUUGGUGUUUGGCGGAGAAAGCAGGACCAUGGAGGAAUUAGUUAAACUAAUUCCUCCCUGAUAGAGCAUGAAUGUGCCUUUAUGUCUAGAAUGAUAUGUUUCAUUUCACUUGCAACAAUAAUGUUGAUCAAGAGAUAUUAUAGCUAUCGGAAGUUUUCGAUAUCCUCGCGAUACCUUCUGGUAGUAAACCCGUUGUUCGAUGACCAGCGGAAUAUUUGUAAGGGAAUUUGAACACGUGAUAACAGCCUAUUGUAUAUUGGAUCGUAGCCGUCACGGUUCAUGUUAAUGGAGGCGCUUUCGCGAGGAUACCGGUACCGAUUAGGAAGUCCGAAGCAAUAAAACACAGGCCGAACUCUGAAGAAAGGUAGGUGGCCUACAGUAAUUAUUUCACUUGAAGUUUAAACUAAAUACUGUAGUUAGAUGGUAAUUUUCAUGCUUAGUAAUGUUAAAUAAUAGUGGUUUGCUAAAUAUAUGUAGUGGUGUUAGUAAAACCAGAAAGCAGUCUGUCGGAUUGGGUGCUUGUCAUCAUCUUGCCUGUUUAAUUAUAUUGACAUAAUGCAUUCAUGGCCGGCCAUCCACAUGUAGAUUAUUUCAAUUUUAAUACGCGAGUCGCGCUAUGCAUGAGAGUACGGUACAUUACUUCAUGAUUAAAAAGAUUAACCCUUCUGAGUUGCAUAAUGUUGAUUAUUCUUCUUGGUAAAUACUCAUUAAAAUAUUGUCGCUUCAUCCUAACUUCGUAGAAUGCUUAACUUGGAUUCCCUUUGAUCUGAAUUAAUUAUGGAUGGAUUUCUGUCAAAUUAGUUGUCAACAAGCGGUUGUCUGCAAAUUUCGACAUGUUUGAAGAUUAAGAUGUGCAAUUGACGAAGUACAGUUUAUAUCAAAUUGUUUAGGUCUAUGCCCAAUUUACAUCCAAUCAAUUAAGGGGGUUAUUAUUUUAAUGGUUCAACAGACAUUAAAACUGCAUUAAGAACAAACAAUAUACCUUAAUGAAAAUGUGUCACGGUCUAAGAGAUACGAAAAUUAACAGGUACUAUUAUGACGUCACGCUUGAAUUAUCGAAUGCAUUUAUUAGGGGUCUCAUGACGUGACAAAUAUUAAAAGAAGAUUCAGAUAUUAGCAUUUAGGCCUAAGUUUUGAUGCAAAAUUAUAUAUAUAUGUAAUAUUAUUAUUAUUAGCCAAAUUGUAUGUUCAAAAGUUCGUAAAGAAUACGUUAAGUGUUUUACAAGAAGAUUGUCUUAAUAAAGAUAUUCUGAAUUGAUUUAUGUUCAGAGCUAAUCCUUUAACUGAACGAGACGAUGUCUUGGUGAUUGAUCAAAGCGUGAAAGUGCGUGAAAUCAUAAGGGCCGUCUCAUGGUCCCACAGGGUGUCUUUGGGAAUUGACAAGCUCGAAACGGUACACAUCGACAGGGGUAUACGGUACAUCAAACUGAAGAUGCUUCUGUUUUGUUGUUAGCGGUGACAUGAUGCAUUUAUAUUGCUCCUGUGGGAUAUCCCUUUAGCUACCGUAUAUAAAGAAGACAGUGGUCGUUUCUUGUGUUACUAUGCGAACGAUAACUAAACGAUAACGAUGUUCCAAUUUUUACUCGAUAGCCUUGUGUGCAUUUGGCCUAUAUUCUGAGACCUAGAUAAAUAGGCUUAUAAUUAGGCCUAUCUGUUUCUAUUCCCUCUCGAAGUGCAGUGCAAUUUCAGAUGACACGUUUUUUUUGGCACGUGGAGGGCACACCAAAUCCAAAUGAUCUCUCCCUACCCACAAGACCCCCACACACCCCAUCUAUGCAGAUUCAUCUAUUUCUCUUUUCUGCACGUAGUUUUUAUCUUUCAUUUUAUUUUCGUUUACAGUAUCAAUAACCCAAAUUUAUGUUGUGUGAGUGACAACAAAGAAGUGUCGUAAUCCAUAUUUCAAAAUGGCCUUCACCUCUUUCUGCAUUCAUAUUCACAAUAAUAACAUUGAAGUAGGACGAUGUUUUAUUAUUUGUUAUUGAUUUGAAAGAAAUGGGUCUUUAUAAUGGGGAAUUUGAAGACGAAAUGCAAUUUCUUCUUAAAUGUAAACUAUAUUAUGAUUUAAGAAAAACGACAUUACAGGAUAUUAUUUUCGUUUUCUUAAGUAGAGAAGUAUAUUUAUAUAAUAAGCUUGUUAUACAAAAGUAUGUUAAUUUUCAGUUUUUAUUUAAAUUAUACUUGUCUUGUAAUUUUCAUGUUUGGAAAAAUAUUUUUACAUACAUUAU